ACAUUGCCGAUUGACACAGCUGGCAGGAGUAGUGUCGACUGAUCGAACGAAGCCGGCGAGCCACGAAAGAAUGGCAUGGUCUGCUGCAGUGAGCUUGUCGUCAUCCGCGCGUAAACUCAGCUCGUAAGCGCGUUUUAUCAUCGACAUCGACCGUGACGGAGCCUCCCUCUUCCGCACCAGGUCGCUAUCGCAUGCAGCUCAGCAAGCUACUGCUCAGUGAGCAAGAUGCGCAAGAGCACGGCUUCUUGGGCACGCGCAGCUGGGCAAAGACUGCCUGGACGCCAGCACAGCAAAACGCCAACAGCGGUCUUGUCGCGUCGUUGCCGAGUACAGAGCAGGCUGCCGAGGCGCGGGUAGGAGUAGUGCCGGCGAGUACGGCCUGUGUACAAGAUGCGAGCCGCAUGGACUCGAUCGAUCACGCGUCGACGGGCCUCGCUCAACGGUCGAGGCUCGAGCAGAGUGUCCAAAUCGAGCCCGUCAUCACUUUGACGAGCAAGACGGGUCGCAAGCGAGGUCUGACCGAGCUCGAACGGCUUCAGUAUGAUUACUUCGCCGUCAGAGAGGGGAUCCAACUCAAGGACGCCUUCACGAACGUCUGCGAUCGAGCAAAAGCGGCCUCGAGAGCGAGACAGGCGCCCUCCAGGGUGCCCGUCACGCUGACUGCACACCUCCCGCUUAAGCAGAAGGCACAGAUGAAGUUAGUCGCAAGCGCGUCGGUGCCUGUACUUGAUGCCGAGACGCUGGAGCAACUCACAAUUCGCAAAAAGUCACCAUCGCCGGUCGUCCACACAACAAGUCCAGUCGUGGUCACAGCAGUCGCAAAGCCUGUGUCGGCGAGCACGACGGCAAGCUCUAUGGGAUCGCUUAAGCCGCACAAGAUAUCAGCGAGCAGGAAAGCCAGCCAUGGCAUAGCAAAAGUGGCAAGUCGCAAGAAAGGCCGACGGAAGCCAUUCAAUAGCGCGAAUGACCGCAAUGAUUAUGAUGAUGAUGAUUCAGCGGUCGACACUGCCAUCAGGGGAAGGAGCAAGCUGGCUGCAUCUCUUCGGCGAAGCUGUAGCCCAACGAGCUCGAUUGCUAGUUCUGCCAUGUCGACAAAUUCGUUCCGAUCGGGCUUUUCCAGCAGACCUGCCCCUCGAAAGCGGGCUCGCGCGUUCUGGGGGCGACCGGGCUCAGACUUUGACGACGACGUGCUGACGACAACGACACCGGCAAGCAGAGCAAGAACCCCGCUGACAUCUGCCCACCCCUCCGAUGAUGAAGCUGCAAGGCGUAGCGCGACGCCUGGCAUACUCGUCAAACGACCCGUAGCUGCGCUCGAGGACUACUGCUCGAUCGAUGCCGACUUGUGGCACAGCAAGCGACUCGUCGAUAGUCACUCCCAUCUAUAUACCCAAAAUCUGCAAGACCCACAGAAUCCGAGGGCACCCGUUUUCAGCUGGUUCGGUGCCGAGCGGCCUGUCGUCAGACUAGAAUACCCUGCACGAGGAGCAAGCGAAGAGUUUGUGCUCGUGCCACCUAAGCGUGACGGUGAGGAGUACUCACCGCUCGUCGAUCUUGUCGAAGUUAUCGAGUUGGUGCUCAAAUACUACCUGACUCCCGACCAAGCUGUCGACGCCUUCUAUAUCGAGCCGGUGCGAAUCGGUGAUAGUGUCGAACUUGUGAGCAGAUCAGAGACUCCUCCGCCUUUGUCAGAUGCUCUCGAGACAGAGACGAUCCUGCCUCGUCGCGAGAGUUUCGCAGAGAAGCUCCGCAAUGCGGAAGAGCGACGUGAUGGACCGGCUUUGCUCGGGCUCAUCGGAGAGUACAAUCGAGCGCUUGUGGAGCUCAAGCAGGACGGACAUCUUCGCAAGCAGAUCAUGGGCAUGCAAGGUGUAGAGUACGAGCUUUGCUGUAAGAUCAGCGAUCAGUGCUACGAGCGAAGAGUCGGGCCAGAAUCACAUACCCUACGGAGAGCGCUCGGCUUUUCGUCGUAUACCUAUGGAGAACUUCAUGCACCCGUUCUCCGUGACAUCUUUGCUGUAACGGAUUUGGGACCUGGUCAGGUCUUUGUCGAUCUAGGUUCGGGUGUCGGCAAUACGCUCAUCCAGUCUGCCAUCUCGACGGGCUGUGAUGCAUAUGGCUUCGAAUAUGUGGAGAAUACGGCCAGAUUGGCAAAAGGCAAUGUUGAGGAAGCACUUCGACGGAUUCCCAUGUGGGGUCUGCGGGCAGGCCAGAUCAAGACCUACAAGGCCGACAUUCGACAGAAUGACCUGAUAGAAGAUCCCAGCAUCGAAGGUGGCCAACUGCGCAUCUCGGACAUAUUGCAGAGAGCCGAUGUCAUCGUACGUUCCUCUGAUUUUCUGCCGGGCGGGGUCAGGCUCAUUCGUCUGCAGCUUGUGAACAACUACAUUUUCUCGGCAGAGCUCAACGACACGCUCAAGCUCCGCUUUUUGGAACUCAAGGAUGGUGCUCAGAUCGUCUCGCUCAAGCCGUUUGUCAGCGCAGACUUUGUCAUCAGCGACCGCAACAACGGGAGCCCGGAAGCCAUACUCAGAUGGACGGGCGAAUAUGCCUACAACGCCGACAAUGUCUCUUGGGCGGGCAGCCAGGGUACUUUUACCGUUGCCAAAGUCGAUCGAGGUCCAGUGCAAGCGUUUAAUGCGCGACAACCCAAGCGCGCCUCUCGCAAGCCGGGCUUCUCGUCGCCGCUUGUCGCUGCAGGGUCACGUACGCCUGUGCCCAACAGCAGCAAGCUGAAGCCGAGUUCGACGGAUCAUGCAGAAGGCUUAGGGCAGAAGAUGGUGGAACUGACAGAUGAUGAUGCUGUACAACAGCUUGCUACAUGACAUGAUGACAUGCAGAGGACCCUUGUUGCUAUCUGGGAAUGCUGAUGGCCGUCAGACGGCGGCCUCUUGCGGUUGCGGUUGAGCGGUCUGCGGCUUGGGUGAGAUGGCUUGG